AAACCGUACAAAUACUACUUACCUUCCAACUGCCAAGAACGCCCACCCGCCACCACCCCCUACAAAACCCAAAUCGCCAAAAUUUCCAAUUUCCACACCAAGAGAGAAUCUGUGAUUUCAUGACGAGUAAGAAGAGAGUGCUGGUAGUUGGAGGCACAGGUUACUUGGGCCAGCAUGUACUGCAUGGGUUCUCAGAGAUUGAAGGGAUCACAGCAACCACCCCCUUCGGUCUGGCGUUUACCCACCACCCCAGUCCUCCUCCCCAAGCAUUGCUCGACGCAUUUCCCCAGUUGCUGCAUUUCCAUGUGACCGGCCAUGGAUUUCAAGCCAUUUCUCGGACGUUGGCCGGGUCAGGUUUCAUCCCAAUACUCCACUUGUGUAAAAUACUAUAUAUUUUCUUUUUUCCUGAUGUGGUUGUAAACUGCGCUGCACUCUCCAUUCCUCGUGCCUGUGAAAUGGAUCCUGCUGCUGCUAUGUCUGUGAAUGUUCCAUCUUCUCUUGUGAAUUGGCUAUCAAGCUUUGAAGAGAGUAGUUCUCUUCUGAUACAUUUGUCAACUGAUCAAGUCUAUGAAGGGGUGAAAUCCUUUUACAAGGAAGAUGAUGAAACCGCUCCUGUAAAUGUAUAUGGGAAAUCGAAAGUGGCAGCAGAGCAGUUCAUAACUGAAAAUUUCUCCAACCUUGCAAUUUUGAGCAGCAGUAUCAUCUUUGGGCCACUGACAAUCUCACCGGUUCCAAAAGACAGUCCUUCGCGGAUAGAUGGUGUCCCCUCCAAAGGAAAUACAAGCGAGUUUUUUCAUGACGAGUUCCGGUGUCCUAUAUAUGUAAAAGACGUUGUAGCUGUCAUAUUAGCUCUGUCCAAGAGAUGGAUAUCUGAUAGUAAGCAAACAAAGGUUCUACUAAAUGUCGGUGGACCAGAUAGGGUAUCCCGCCUUCAAAUGGCUGAGAUUGUUGCCGAUGUUAGAGGAUACAGCCCCACAUUGAUCAAAUCAGUGUCUGCAUCAUCAGUUGAUCGUGGAGUAAUGUCCCCUGCCUGACACAUCCAUGGAUAUCACUAAGUUGGUUCGGACACUUGGUACUGCUCCAACUUCAUUUAGAGGCGGUGUGAGAUUGACGCUUGAAACUGAAGCAAAGCCGUCCUGAUGGCCUGAAGAUAAUGUAAAUUGCUUACUACUUGUAACACUAAGGAAUAAUCGUACCUUUCCGUCAUACAUGAUUGGAAAAGAAAUGUUGAAAUUGUUCAAAGAGCAACUACUAUUGAACCCAACAAGCUUCAAAUGUCCUACUACCAAUUUAUUAGUACUGAAAUUUCUACUUCACAAGAUACAUGGAUCGAUCAAACAACAAAACAUAAUGAAGUUGAGUUGUAAUCAAGUUGUUUGACACGUUAAUCGAAUAUAUUAAGUUAGACGUGAUUAGUUUUAAUUUAAUGUUACUUUUCUUUCCAAUAAAAGUCGCUUCAAUUUAA